CACUUCAUACGAAAUAAUGAGCGCCUUUAAGGAGAACAUGAAACCGAACGAAGUGUUGGACGAGUUGCGGAACUGCCGGAACGACGUGCCGAUCUAUCGAAAAUUGAUAAGCUUCGCGCGUUCGCACAAUUCUUCGGUCAUGAACAUAAAAGAAUGGAGGCCAAUUCUAAGCCAUAUUCUAGAGAUAAUCAGUAGCAAUUCCGAAUUAGGGAACGAACGUGUCCUGUUAGCGUGCCACGCGCUCUACGCUUUGCUCUCUGCGCAGCUCAGCUCGUCGUUAGACUGGUUGUGGUUUAGAACAAUCGCAAAAGAUUUUCAGACAUUGGAAUCAUGCAAUUUGUAUGUUUUCCAGGCACAAUAUAUUGUGGCUGAUCUCGAGUUGUUCAAGUUAUUGAACAUCUAUGGUUACCUGCAGGUGAAUCGGAAAGACCAAGAGAUGUACCCUGUUUGCAUUCUUUCGAUCAUGUUCGACAUUAUAUAUAGAAAUUGCAUGAAAUACACCAGAUAUUCUUACUUCGCGUACAAAGUGUUGCAUGUUUGGUUGAAAAGGACAUACGACACGCGCUUCUGGUAUCAAAGCGACAUCGUCCUGGAGCAAAAGUUAGAGGCUAUUUUAUUCUCCAAUUGGUCGAACGCAUACAACGACGUGCCUAAGCAGAAUGCACAGCUUUUCAGUAUAUAUCUUCGAAUAAUGUCGGAGAAAUAUAACGGAUUUCUCGAGCAUAUAUUCGAUAUCUGUGACAAAUCCAGAAUAAAAUCGAGCAAAUCGAGCAAAUUGUGGCACGACGAAACAAGGUUCACAAUACUGGCGGAAGUUCUCCGACUGUGGGAUAAUGUCGAAACUAUGAUAGAGAACUUGACGGAGGACUUCGUGUUUAAUCUAUGCAGCACUUUAGCGUACAAAUCGUUACGUUGCGCCGCCACGAAAGUUUAUAUGGUAAUCUUGAGGAAGCUGAGCGAGAGUGAGUGGAAGAAAGUGUUUGGAAAGACCGUGAAAAUUGUGAUCGAGCAAUGGGAGUCGAAAGCCGAAAGGCAGAAUUUCGAUGCGCUUCAUUCAUUAUUCAAAUAUUGGCUCGAUUCGAUUAUUGAAAUGCAUCAGGGAGUUUUCACAUUUUUAUGGGAAUCACUGGUCGACUCAGAAAGCUACUGUUACUGUCAAACGCAUUUGCUGAUGACCGCCGCCAGAUUACACAUACCGUUUCCGUGGACAUGCAAUAUCGAUCGAUACAUCAACGACAGCAGAGAAAUCACACGAGUGAACAUUUUCGCCACGCUCUGCUAUUACGCCGUCGAUCAUCCGAUCGACGACGGCCAGAUAGGUCCGUUCUUUCGGAUUGAACAGUUCCUGUGGUUCAACGUGAACGCCUCGAGUGUUUUCAUACGCGAAAACAUAGUAAAAUAUUUCAAGAUAUUGUACUCGAAUAUCCUAAGGACGAUCAGCGUUCAGACUGACCGCAUGGGAUCCAUCUCCGGGUUCACGAAAUGGCUGCACGAAUUUCUCCUGGAUUGCUUCGAGAUAGGCUCGUGUUAUCAGCGCAAGAUCCUCGCAUUGAAGCUGUACGCGGUCUUGCUCGGCUUCACGAGCAGAGAUUCGUACAAAAACUGCGCCUCUAGUGAAUAUCUUCGCAAUGUCACAGCGAUUAACAAGUAUUUGAAUGCUACUGGCAGUUGGAAGUUCACCAAUAAAGAGAGCCUGUUCGCAUUAUUGAGACUCGUAUUAGACAGCACAUUCGAUGUUCGACAACUAGCUGCCGAUCUUAUUCUGAAAUAUUUUGAGAAGGACCUACUGUCGGCCGCGGACAUGAAUGUAAUCUACAAGUGCGGAUUACUGCACUGCAACUCUUUCAAGUUCUACGAGGUCGAGAGCGGAGCGACUUUCAUGAAGAUAUUGGCGCAUUGGGCACCUUCGCGCGAGAUUUGCACGGAUUUAAGUGUACACCCAUUGAUUUAUUCGGAACUCCUACUGAACACAGCUCGACAGCAAUUGAUAUUGAUGAAAGGCGAUAUCCUGAAAGCUGUUGUCCAGAAUUACCCUUUCUACGGAACAUUGACCGCUUUACUGAUGGUUGCUUUUCGUGCCGGUCCGGAGAGCCAGAGUUUGACCCCGCAAUUUAUGGAAGAAGUACUGAAUCUUUCAAAAGACGCAACUGACUUCUUUCUGUCCACAUUAUUCAUGAAACAAUCGAACACAGCUUAUUCGUCUUCGUUCGCGGAAAUGGGACUGGCCAUCGACGAACAUAUUAAGACCAGUGAAAUCGAUGACUCUAAUUAUGAUGCACUGCAGUUAUCGCCAGCGCACCAGGUCCUUACCUCGUGCAUCUGGAUGUCCCUGAAGGUAUUGUGCGAGGUUGCCAGCGAAAUCGGGAUAUUGAUGCAGUCAGAUGCGAUGGUGAAGGGUUCCAUGGAUAUUAUCGUUACGGUACUGCUGAAAUGUAGACAUAAAGGCGUAGUGGAGUCCGCCGGAGUGGCGAUCGCAAAUUUAUCCAAGUAUCUCUACGGUAGGAAAGAGUAUUGCGAGUUGCCGAGGACAUAUUUGACGAAUUUGUUGGAAGAGACUACGGGAGAGCUGUUACACCUGACGCGUCGAGGUUCAGGAUUGUCCAUCAUGUUCCAUAAAUUAGUCGUUAGUGACGAUCGGAAAGACCGACCUACGGUGCACUUCGCAGUGCAGAAAUUGUUACGUUCGUUGGAGAAUCUCUCGGUGGUGAAAAUUAGGAAAUUGCAGUCAGAGGAGGACUCACCAUGGGCGAGACGUCUGCAUUUUCUUCGCGCCUUGGUUGCGGACAAGGAGAUACACGCCAGCCUGAUCCCGUAUAUGGAAGAGAUUUGUCUGAGGUGUUUCGGUUACAUCGAGUCCGACGUCUGGGCCGUAAGGAACGCGAGUUUGCAGUUGUACGGCGCGGUGGUGCCGCGAUUGGUGGGCCAGUGCUCGGGCAACAAAAAAGACGGGUCAUUGGAUUUUGCGGACGGUUGCUCUCUCAAUCACUUCGUCACGCAUUAUCCGACACUCGCGGGCCGUAUGUUGAUACAAUUGCAGGCCGCCUCGAAGGUAACAGGAACAUCGGGCGCGGCGUUGCGUUCCUAUGCGAGGGUUGCGCACACGCUCACAUUGCUGUCCAGAAUGUGGAUGGGUGGUUGCGAUCUCGUCGAUUAUCCGUCGUCCGCAUUCAUAGAGAAAUUGAAAAAGUCAUUGUACGAGCUCUGUCAGAAACCGAUGAUAUACAUCAGACAAAUGGCUGCUAAGGCAUUAGUGGCGCUAACGCCUUCCACGCACCUCGUGUCGAUAUUAGACACUAUUCAGCGGUUCAUCGGUGAAAGCCAAAACGACAAUCAGUUGUACGGAUUGCUCUUGCUCUCUGAACACUCAACGGAGAGGCUAAUGCACGAUGCUCGCACUUUUCUCAACGAACAUAUACCUCAAAUGUCAGGAGAUUUACCUGUUUACCCAUAUUGUAUCUCCAAUAUAUAUAAGCACUUUUAUCAGCGGUAUCAGAAUGUAUGGACAGCUUGGCGAGUUAUGUGCAAUGGCGAGAGAUACAAGCAACCGUGCUAUAUGGUGGAAACGCUGUUCUUCGAGAAAGCGCGAUAUCACUGCGAUAGAAGCUUCUGGCUACGGUUGUUCGGCGAAUUCGACGUCGACUGGUCGAUAAUAGAACAUGUAAUUCCGUCACAGAAGAUCCAGCCAGGAUUCUUCCAGUUUCUCUCACUCCACGCGCAAUGUCGCGCAUGGUCUAUGAACUCCUUCCUUCCGAAAGUCAUGUACGAUAUCCUGGAUUUAAAUUGUACAGAGCUAAGCAUUGGAUUCCUGAAAGGAUCGCAUUCAUUCAAUUUAUCGCACUCACAUCAUUUAUUCGAGUUUAUCUUGGCGUACUUGAUCUCGCUGAAAGAUGACCACGAUCCGUUAACCUUCAUUUACAUAACAGUAACAUUGGCGCGAAGAAUGAUGAAGAAUUUCUCACUGAUUGAAUAUAUCGAGAUCGAAUCGUUAAGCUCGACGAAGGUCAACGACCUGAUAAGAAAGUUUUGCCAAAUCGAGAGCACAAGUCCGAACAUGAUUUAUAUGAAGGACGCGCUAACCGUGAUGUUAUCUAAGGACGAGACGCUGGUGAACGAGGCGCUCUCGCAUGUUCUCAAAUUGAGUACGAACGACGAACCAUCGACUAGGUUGAUAGCGACGGACCACAUCGAAUUCGCGCUUCGUCGUUUAAUGCAACCGACGGAUGAGAGCGAAUUAACACUGAUAAAGUGCUGCUUGGACCUGCUGAAGGACGAGAUCGUCGAGAUACGCGACAUCGUGUCGACGUUGUUGCAGAGAUACGACGGGAUGGACGACGGAUCGCAACACAUGGAGGUCGUUUAUCAACGAUUCCUAGAGGAUAUCGUCGGUCAUUUGUUAGUUAGUGAGUCGCUAACCGGUGACACGCCCAAUGACAAGAUCGCGAACGUCGUACGGUAUUUCAUGCGCGAAAUCAAAGAUUCGGUUGAUUCUCAGGGAACGAUCGAAAACCCGUUCUACCACGGCGAGACCACUUUCUACAAAGAAGAAUCCAAGUUCUUAAAUUUGUGCUAUUUGUACGUGAAACGCAAGACUAUGAGCGACGAGUCCCCGUGCGCUAACGAGAGGGCUUGGUACAAUCGUUGCGACGCUACACGCGUAAUAGAAAUAAGUCGUGCGCUUCAAAAGAAAAUUGCCUCUAACUGUGAUAACCUGCAAGCGGUUUUGUGUAUGAAGGAAGUGGAUUAUCUAACAUGCAAAAGAGUCUUUGUGCUGCAGGAUCUGCAGGAUCUGCUAACAACCUUGGAUUCCGAUUCUGUAACUUUUAACGACAGUAUCGUCAUUACGGAACCGUUGCGCAGGUAUAAUUUAUGGGGGAAAAGCCGCGCAAGUUAACCGACUAAACGUUAAAUGUUAACGACAACGACACUAUCGUUAACGAUUACAGAAUACAGGCACAGAUUGUUCAUCCUUCCUGUAGUCUUCGGGUCUGUUUGAUCCGAAAUUAUUUUUAUUUCCUUGUUACAUUUUUAUGUGAUUUUGUAUGAUUUAAAUGAGCGUUCUGGCAUUUCAUAAUUUUCUCUCAUAGCUCAAGAAUAUUAACCCUUUGAGUACAGAAUUAUUUGAAGAUUUUUAUGUCCA